UGUACUAGCUCAGUUUGCACGCCGCAGCUCAGAGCGCGGCCGCGCGCCGCCGACCGAUGCUCAACCGUCAAAUCAGUGCUCUAACGAAAACUAAACGAGCGUCCUAUAGUGAGUGCAUUCCAUUAUCAAAUCAAGAUGAGGCGCAACGUGAAAAUUAUGUUCCUCGUAGGAACUGCCUGGAUGUUUUUCCUUUUUUACUACAUGCAGUCUGAUGCUCCACAGUCUAAGGAAGAAAACAUAGCCCUACGGCUAAUAAAACAAACGAACAUCGAAGAAACAGAGAGCAGUCCAUCAGUUGACGAGCCGUACACCAGCACAGGGCGGUACUUCGACGAGGGGGGGUAUGUGGCGGGGGGCUCCAAGGACUCCGACCCGUACGUGAGGAACCGCUUCAACCAGGCCGCCUCCGAUGCCCUGCCCAGCAAUAGGGCCGUGCCUGAUACGCGAAAUGCUAUGUGCCGGCUAAAGAAAUACGACGAGGAUCUCCCUCAGACCAGCGUCAUCAUCACCUUCCACAAUGAAGCUCGGUCGACGCUUCUGCGUACCAUCGUCAGUGUCCUAAAUAGAAGUCCGGAACAUCUCAUCAAAGAAAUAAUUCUAGUCGAUGACUUCAGUGAUAAUGCGGAAGACGGUGCAGCGCUGCGUGCUAUCCGCAAGGUGCGCGUGAUUCGCAACAGCAAGCGCGAGGGGCUGAUGCGGUCGCGCGUGCGCGGCGCCGACGCGGCCACCGCGCCCGUGCUCACCUUCCUCGACUCGCACGUCGAGUGCAACGCGCACUGGCUCGAGCCGUUGCUGCAGAGGAUCAAGGAGGACCCGACUCGCGUGGUGUGUCCCGUGAUCGACGUGAUCAGCAUGGACAGCUUCCAGUACAUCGGCGCCUCGGCCGACCUGCGGGGCGGGUUCGACUGGAACCUGGUCUUCAAGUGGGAGUACCUAUCUCAUUCGGAGCGUAGCGCGCGCCUCAGCGACCCCACGCAGGUGAUCCGCACGCCCAUGAUCGCUGGCGGUCUCUUCAGCAUGGACCGCAAGUACUUCAACAAGCUGGGCAAGUACGACAUGAAGAUGGACGUGUGGGGCGGCGAGAAUUUGGAAAUAUCAUUCAGAGUGUGGCAAUGCGGCGGUUCCCUGGAGAUAGUUCCCUGCUCCCGCGUGGGCCACGUGUUCCGUAAACGGCACCCGUACACCUUCCCCGGUGGCUCCGGGGCCGUGUUUGCGAGGAACACCCGCCGCGCCGCCGAGGUGUGGAUGGACAACUACAAGGAACUGUACUACAGGUCGCAGCCGCUGGCCAAGCAAGUUGACUAUGGAGACAUCUCGGAGCGCGUGGGGCUGCGCACGCGGCUGCACUGCAAGCCGUUCCGCUGGUAUCUGGAGCACGUGUACCCCGAGCUGCAGGUGCCCGCGCUCGCCGACGCGCCGCGCGCCGUGCGCCAGGGCGCGCGCUGCCUCGACACCAUGGGCCAUCUCAUCGACGGCACGUUAGGAAUGUAUCCUUGUCACAAUACGGGCGGCAACCAGGAGUGGCGUUUCGAGAACGGCCUCCUGCGGCACCACAGCCUGUGCUUGUCGCUAUCCCGCGAGGACCGCGUCACGGCCGUGCUGGCCGCCUGCGACCCUUCAGACUUCGCGCAGCUGUGGAGGAGGAAGGGCGCGCUCAUCACGCACGCCAAGCUCGACGCCUGCUUGGACUCUGACCGACCCGCACUCUAUUUAGAAAAGUGCAACGAGGACAAACCCAGUCAACAGUUUACGUUUUAAAUGAAAGACUAGUUCGAUAUCCCUGUUAUACCGAAGCAAAAUAUGUUUAAC